CAAAAAACACUGGUUUGCAAUUUCUACUUUAACUCAAGGCCUUUCCUAUUCCCCUUCCUAAUUGUUCAUUCAACCUGAGCGUUACAUUCAAAUUGCUCUUUUUCACCAUCGCCCCUGAUUCAUCGUCCUUCUCACCCAUCUUCGAAGUUCAGCUCCGUUCAUCCAUCAUCCUCACCGAAGCUUUCUGCUCAGCUCAAUAAGCCAUCGCCAACCCACGCUCCAUCGCCGACCCACGCAAGCCACGCCCCAUCGCCGAGCUGUUACCGACCCAAGCCUCAUCGCUGAUCUUUCUCCACUCUACAGAUCUUGAUGGCGGCUUUCCCGACCAAUGAGGGAGACUCCUUUUCUUCUUCCACUCACAAGGGGGACUAUGACGUCUUCUUGAGUUUUAGAGGUGAAGAUACUCGCCAUGGUUUUACUGGCCAUUUAUAUCAAGCCCUGUGGGACAAAGGUUUCAAGACCUUCAUUGAUAACGAAGAUCUCCAAAGAGGUGAAGAAAUUUCAGCGGAACUUAUCAAAGCCAUUAAAUCAUCAAUGAUUUUAAUUAUCAUAUUCUCUCAAAACUAUGCAUUUUCCACUUGGUGUCUCGAAGAACUUACCGAGAUUCUUGAAUGUAAGAAAAAUGGACAAAAAGUUUUACCAGUUUUUUACAAAGUGGAUCCAUCUGAAUUACGCAAACAGGAAGGUAGUUUUGGAUUAGCACUAACUACACAUGAAAAAAAAUUCGAGAAUAACAUAGAGAAAGUGCUGAGGUGGAGGGCAGCUUUAUAUGAAGCAGCUAGUUUGUCUGGGUGGCAUUAUGAGGAUGGUUUUCCUGAAUAUCAGUUUAUCCAAGGAAUUAUUAGAGUGGUAUCAAGUACCAAAUUAAAUCGCACAAAGUUAUUUGUUGCUAAAUACCCAAUUGGAGUAGAUUCUCGUGCAGAAUUCAUAGAAAAUCUUUUAGAUAUUAAGUCAAAUGAGGUUCGUGUGGUUGGAAUUCAUGGCCUUGGGGGAAUAGGAAAGACUACAAUUGCAAAAGCUGUUUAUAAUAGAGUUGCUGAUCAAUUUGAAGGAAGUAGCUUCCUAAUGAAUGUCAGAGAAAAUUCAAGAACAAAUUGUAGCAUAAUCAAACUACAAGAGCAACUUCUUUCUGAGAGCUUAGGGAGCAAAGAAUUUAAGGUGCACAGUACAUCCAGAGGAAUCAAUGUGAUCAAGGAAAGACUUUCAUGCAAAAAGAUUUUUUUGAUUCUUGAUGAUGUGGAUAAAUUGGGCCAAAUAGAAAAUUUUCUUGGAAAAUGCGAUUGGCUUGCUAAUGGAAGUAGAGUUAUUAUAACCACAAGAGACAAACAUGUGCUAACCACUCUUGGAAAUGAUCCUUUAAUCUACAAGGUUGUGCAAUUGGAUGGACAUGAAGCUUUUCAACUCUUUAGUAUGCAUGCCUUCAAUAAAAACAAACCUGAGGCAAAUUAUUUACAACUUACAAAUCAAUUCAUAUGUUAUGCCAAUGGCCUUCCAUUAGCUCUACAAAUCAUAGGCUCCGAUUUGCGUGGAAGAAGCAUUUGUGAAUGGGAAAGUGAAUUAGAAAAGUAUAAGAAUAUUCCAAACAAUGAAAUUCAAAAAAUACUAAAAGUAAGUUUUGAAGGAUUGGACAAAAAUGAACAAGAUCUUUUCCUCGAUAUUGCAUGUUUCUUCCAAGGAUUGUCCAAAAAUUACGUUGUGGAUAUCUUAGCUGCUUGCAAUUUAUAUCCGAAUUCUGGUAUUUCAAAACUUAUUGAUAAGUGUCUCAUAAGUGCUGGAUUUGACAAUUUAUGGAUGCAUGACUUGCUACAACAAAUGGGUAGAGCUAUUGUUCAACAAGAAUCAAAUGUGCCAGGAAAUCGUACAAGGCUAUGGUGCUAUGAUGAUGCUUUAGAAGUUCUUACAGAAAAUACGGGUUCAGACAAAAUUCGAGGCAUAAUGUUAUCCUUCCAUAAACCAAUAACAGUGACAUUGGCACCUACAGCUUUCAAAAGGAUGAGAAAUCUCAAAUUUCUUAUAGUUGAUAAUGUGCACAUUUGUGAAGAACUUAAAUAUCUCCCCAACGGAUUAAGGUUCCUUCAAUUGCCUAAUUAUCCUUUUUCCUUACCAUCCAAUUUUUGUCCUCAAAAACUUGUUGCACUCGAGAUGCCACAUAGUCGCAUUCAGUUAGAGAAGUUAUUUAAGCAGGAGUUUCAAUUCCAGAAUUUGAAAAGUAUCAACCUCCAUAGAUGUGAGUCUAUUACAAAAUUACCUAAUUUAUGUGCCCCAAACUUAGAGAACUUGGAUCUUUCAUUUUGCAAAAAUUUAGUUGAGUGUCAUGAGUCCAUUAGAUUUCUUGAUAAGCUUCAAGAAUUGCGUCUUUCUAGUUGUGAAAAACUUCAAAAUUUUCCAAGCCAUCUCACGUGGAAAUCUCUCAACACUUUGGAUAUUUCAUCCUGCUCAAGGCUUGAUUUUUUUUCUUUCUUAUUCGCCGAAUGGUGUCUCACUUGGCCGAUGGACAUCAUUAGGGUUCAUGGUUUAUAUAGUUAUUGCUGUAAAAAUGUUGUGGAUCUUGAAGAUAUCAUCUAUAAAUUACCAUCGGCUGAGAUACUAUUUAUAUAUACUAGCAAAUCGAGACCCUGGUGUGAAUAUAAUACUUUUCCAAAGUCAUAUGCUUUUCUAGAUCUAAGCAAUGUUCAAAAUCUAGAUCUGAGUAAUGUUGGAAAUCUAAUUGAAUUAGAUUUUUUGAUGAAGUCUGAUUACUUUCCUGUAUUAGAAUGUCUAUAUUUAAAUGAAGUCAAUAUUAUUACCAUCCCGGAAAGCAUCACUAAGUUCACUAGGUUAGAGACACUCGGAAUAAGAUGUUGUAAGUAUCUUCUGGAAAUUCCAAGGCUUCCACGAUCUAUAAGAAGAGUGUAUAUACUAAACUCCCAUUCGCUACAUCCACAAUCAUCAAACAGAUUGUUCAGUCAGUUUGGAGAAUUUUGGCAAUCACAAUAUGAAUAUGAACUUAUACUACCUGGAUCAGAGAUUCCAAAGUGGUUCAAUCAUCAAAGUGUUGGAAAUUCCAUUUCAUUCUGGGUCGGUCGUGAUUGUGAUUAUCUAAAAUUUUAUUACUGCGUUGUUUUAGAACCGAAAUGGCAUGAUACUGUUCACGUCUCCUUGAAAAUUAAUGGGAUAAAGUUCAUUAAUUUGAUCCCUUACAGAUUCAAACGGAUUAUGGAUAUGACGUGUAAUCAUGUAUGGUUUUUAAAGCUAUAUGAAUGUCCCAUCUAUUCAAAGGACUUAAAUCAAUUUGAGUGGAAUCGUGUGGAGGUUGAAUUUGGAGCUGCUGUAUCUCAUAUCCUAAGGUGUGGGGUCCAUGCUGAAUGCAUUUGUCCACUUGUUCAAGAUCUCUCCACCGACUCUCUCCCACCAACUCCAAUACCUGCCUUUCCCAUUUGUUCUAUUUCAAACACUGUCACGCCUUCCCCCCACCUCUUAAACUCUUGUUUGGAGCUUUCAAAUUCGAAUUCAAUGGAAACAACAUAUAAUGAUUUUGACUCUCUUGUGGAGGGCUCUCAUGAUGAUGGAUGUGAUUUGAGUUUGUCAUUGUGCACUUCUCCCAUGGGAAGAAAUUAUCCGCCUCCUCAGCCUCAGGACACUGUCCCUAAUGACACUAGCCGCAUUUCUUUGCCAAAAUUACGCUUGGGUUUGCCAGGUUUGGGAAUUGGCUCAACUGCCAGUGUGGGGUUUCAUUUGGGUUCUUCUUCAAUGGCCCAUAACUUUGUCAGUGAUGAUGAUUCUGACAUCAAUUUGUAUUCUCCAUCGAAGAAAUUGAGAAAAUCUUGAUCGAACUUGGAAGAAGAAAUAUGCCUCCAUCUGAAAAAGAACCUUGAAACAAUUUUCUUCUUCAUUGUUCCCAUUCCAUUUAAUUAGCAUUUGAAGCCAAGAAGGUGGAAAAGCUGAAAUUGAUGUGCCUACAGUUUGUAGCAGCAACUUAGUGAUUGAUAUCAUUUAUCCUUGAGAUUCUCAAGCUAGAAGAAUUGUUGGAUGGUUUAGUGGGGAAUUCAAAAACUCCAUCAAGGGCAGUUAAUUUACUCCCAAAAUAUCUAAGAUCCUAUUUCUAUUUUUGUGGUGAAAGCAUGAGAUUCAAAAUCAAUCUGUACAGUGGCUCAGUGCCUAGAGUUUCAUACUUUUUUUCCCCUCAUUUUCUAUAUUGUGUUGGCUGGAUAAGGAGUGUGCGGCAGUUCGACCUGAGCAAAGUACAAGUCAAUUUGUUUCAAGCAACAGUGCCAACACAGAAAAUUUAAGCAGCACAAGUAGGCCAAGGUUGAUUGAAAAUGAGGACGGCUUCCUGGAGCUGUGCUGCUUGUAAGGGCUAGGAUUCUGCAGAGGUUGAGAGGGGUGCCUCUUUCUGCAAACAGGUCAAUGCUUACUGUGAUAUGCAAUUUGGAAUUUUCCAAGGGUCUGAUGAUGGAUCCAUUUUUCUUCUCUGACUCCACUUUUAGAUGGACCUCUAUGUGUAAAAACUGGGUUACAGUGACUCAUUUAAUUCUCAUGGGAUGGCCAGAAAAUCCUGCCUAUAGAACAUCACUCAUCACUGCCACAAGUGAGCCUGACUCAUUGCCAGUGGAUUCACAUACCUGUCCUCAUGCAAAUGCAUACUUGCUCACUUCAUAUUAGCUGUUCCUUGCUUUCCUCUAUCCUCUGUUUUCUGUCAUUUCACUCCAUUGAUCCAUAAAACAACUGAGUCGCAUGUGAGGUCUAAUGUUCUGCAAUGGAAAGAACAAAUUAAAUGGACAUGCUUUUAGUAUCCUUUUUGCUUGCCUGCUGGGAUAUUUCUUCUACUUGUUUUGAUUUUUUUAAAUUUGAGAGCCUGUUCUCUAAGUGUUUGGUUGCUACUACCAUAUUAUAUGUAGAAACUGUUUUUUGUUCCUUCACUACCUUCAACUCAUUGAAGAUAUUGCAUUGCGGACAUGUCACAUUACAAAACUGGCAAGAUUGGUCUGAGAUGGAGGGCAGAGAAGGAAGUCAUAUCUGGGAAAGGUCAACUUUAGUUAUUCUGAAGCUGGAGAAAACAAACAAGCACUUGUGAAAUUGGUAACUUGUGAGAGAUGUGCGGAUAA